AAACGAAGUUCGUCGCAUACAAAUGGCCUGUUUUCUUAAGUCCAUCAAUUUGUCGGUGUAUUUGGUGGCCUCCCGUAUAAUACUGUUCGCGUGUUUUAUCGCAUAUGUGUUAACCGGGAACCUAUUGACCGCAAAAACCGUGUUCGUCACAAUGACCCUGUUCAAUAGACUCAGGACCACUUUGACACUACUGUUCCCCAACGCCAUCGCCCAAUGCGCUGAACUCGCGGUGUCGUGCACUCGCAUCCAGACAUUCUUGGAAUUGGGGGAAAUGGAGCCUAAAACAUAUAACACUACAAGUGAUAGUCCUUUUGCGACCAUUAAAAACAUUUCAUUUAAUAUAAAUCCUGGAGAUCUAUUAGCGGUGAUUGGACCGGUAGGGUCGGGAAAGAGCUCACUACUCAUGUCUAUACUUAAUGAGCUACCGGUGCUCGAGGGGAGCAUACGAACGGUGGGCACCAUUAGCUAUGCCUCACAAGAGCCCUGGAGUUUCAAUAAUAGCAUCAGAAAUAACAUACUGUUUGGCAGUGCAUACGAUGAGCACCGAGCUCACUAC